UGCGUCACAUUUUCAUUCUGUCUUCCCCACCUCCGACCUGUCCGAGAAGACGAGGAGGAAACAGAUGACUCGUCUGCCCUGUUGUGGUUGAAACUUGCUAACCGAAACCGGAGAGCUGAUUCAGAAAAUUUAAAUACACCAAGGAGCGAAUUUAAAAGAUGCAGUGAUGACGUUUACCUCCGCAGAUUGAGUCCACAUCCCGUAAACUGGCGUGGUUUCCUGCUCCGAUGACCCGCCUCCUCUGACUCUACCCGAGACCACCUUGUGCUGACCGGUGGGCGGGGCUGGCCCUGCUCGGGGGGCGUGGCCGAGGAUGGACAGCCGGUGCAGCAGCAUCGAUUCCCGGCUGACCGGCAGAGGGGUGGGUUCUGCCGGCACCACGCCCACAUGUGCGAGGGUGGAGUCGUACGAAGCCGGGGAGAAGAAGUGCAUCUCGGACGUGAGGAGGACCUUCUGCCUCUUCGUCACCUUCGACCUCCUGUUCAUCACCUUGCUCUGGAUCAUAGAGCUCAAUGUGAACGGCGGCAUUAAGACGCAGCUGGAGAAAGAAGUCCUGCAGUACGACUACCACGCCUCCUUCUUUGACAUUUUUCUCCUGGCUGUUUUCAGGUUCGCCACCCUCAUCCUGGCCUACGCCGUCUGUAAGCUUCGCCACUGGUGGGCCAUCGCGAUCACCACGGCGAUCAGCUGCGCGUUCCUCAUCGUUAAGGUCAUCUUAUCAAAGCUGCUGUCUCAGGGGGCCUUCGGGUACCUGCUGCCCAUCAUCUCCUUCGUGUUGGCCUGGAUUGAAACUUGGCUCCUGGACUUCAAGGUUCUGCCUCAGGAGGCCGAAGAUGAAAACAGGUUCCUGUCCAUCGCGGACGCCGCAGAGCGAGCUCCUCUCAUGUGUCCGGGUCCUUUAUCUGACGGACAGUUUUACUCUCCGCCGGAGUCUGUGGCAGACUCUGACGAGGACCUGGAUGACAAACCUGAUCCAGAAAAGGGGCUCAUUCAGCGGGUGACCUAACAGGUCGUCGGCGUCUGAAGUGGCUCCUGUUUGCUGCCUUCCACGUCCUGCCAGUUUAGUUUUUCCUCGCCUCACUCUGACGUCGGCCUUCUGCGUUCACGCUGGGACUGAAACCUGCUGCCUGAAAACAAACUUCACCACAUUUAUUGGACUCUGGACUUUUGAAGGGAAAUCAUCUUAAUUGAUGGCAUUUUUCCAGCUUGAUUUCAGUAUCAGAAUCCACAGCCUUCAGUUUAGACAGAAAAAACAAACUGUUCUUUUAUUUCUACUGUCUUUUUUUUUUUAUUAUUUUAGCUGGUGAUUGUACACGUGUUGGGUUUGAGGUCAGUGGGAAAACAAGCUUUCACCACAGACUCUGCAUAAAGAACAGAAAGGAGUUUCUUGGCCAGUAUUGAGCUUAUUUGUAGCAAAGGACAGAAGGAAUAUUUACAGAUUACUGCGGUUCUCAUGAAUGUUUGACUACUUCCAGGUUUAACAGAACACUGGAUCAGUCUGACAGUAUGAAGGCUGGAGUGUGACGUGUUGUUUUACUGAAGAAGAAUCUGCAGCACGUUAACACGCAGGAUCUGUGAGCUGCUGGUGGAAAAACUCGUCCGUGUCUUCACGCGUGUCCUGCAAGCCAAAUCGCUUUGUUUUUACCAAAAGCUUCUCUGUAAAAUAGCAUCAUUAAAAUGUGAAAUCCUG